CGUUUCACUUUUUUACACUCACAGACAACAUUCCUCCAGCGUCGGCCCACACCACGGAUGCAGAUGCUCUACAGAAACUUAUUCAUUUGCUCCAGGCCACAGAUGAUCCAUUAAUUCAAGAGCAAGCUUUAAUCACUCUCAGCAACAGUGCUGCCUUCUCUGUAAAUCAAGAUAUAAUCCGAAAUUUGGAUGGCCUUUCUGUUAUUGGAAGGAUGCUCUCAGACUGUGUUCCCAAAGUUAAAGAAAAAGCACUAAAUGCACUUAAUAAUUUGAGUAUGAAUAUUAAAAAUCAGAAAGAGAUACAGGUAUAUAUUACACAAGUCUGUAGGAACGUUGAGUCAGCUCCCCUGAACUCUGAUCUGCAGCUCGCUGGGCUCAGAUUGUUGACAAAUAUGUCUGUCACCAGUGACUACCACCAUAAGAUGAUGAGCUCAGUUCCGUGCUUUCUUCAUCUGCUUUCAGAAGGAACGGAAAGGACACAGAUUCAAGUUUUGAAAGUACUCGUGAACUUAUCUGCAAACCCAGCCAUGACAAGACACCUUCUCAGAGCUCAAGUGCCAUCACUGCUGUUACUUUUUGACACCUGUAUAAACAGAGACAUUCUGCUUAGAGCGCUGGCAUUUGCUGCAAACUUGAAAAAGAACGUGAACGAUGAAGAUGUCGCUGUGAUUCAGGACCAAUACAGUGAAGAUUCAAUUUUCUCUACGCUCUGCAGGGACUCUACCUCAUUCGCUCAGAAACUGGCGUCUUUGCUGCAUCACCCUGAUGCAGAAGUGAAAGAGCAGGUCGUGAGAAUAUUAACACAAUAG